UGCUUCUUUUCCCCGAUGUCUCCACGCCGAGCUGCUCGCAACACCGAACACCCGCCGGAGCGCCGAACACCCGAAUCCCGGGACUGCUGGUGCUGGGGGCAGGAGUGCUGAUCGGAGCUGUCAUAUUGUUCUGGGAGAACCCAACAGGGGGCGGAGUCAGGGAGGAGGAGCCGAGAGCCAGACAGUUCCAGAUUCAGCCCCGGCCCCUCUCCUCCAAUCACAUCCGUCGGUUGGUGUCGGAGAUCGAUGUGGCCCGUCUGUGGUCGUUCUUCAUCCGCCCCAUGCUGAUAGAGAGAAGUCCGGGGAGUCCCGGGAAACCGGCGGGUGAGAGAGCUCAUCUCGGGUCACUUGCGCUCGUUGUCGGCGGGAUGGACGGUGGAUGUGGACGAGUUUGAUGCGGUGACCCCGCGGGGGGCGCUCCCCUUCGGAAAUGUUGUAGCCACAUUGGAUCCAUUGGCCCCGCAUCGCCUGGUCUGCGCUUGUCAUCUGGACUCCAAGUGGUUUCUCCCGGACCGGAGGGGGCGGCCCUUUGUUGGGGCCACAGACUCGGCGGUGCCCUGCGCUCUGAUCCUGGAGGCCGUCACCGUCCUGGACCACCGGCUGAAGGAUCAGAAGAGAGGAGGGGCGGCGCUGACUCUGCAGCUCUUCUUCCUGGAUGGCGAGGAGGCGUUCGGAGAAUGGUCAGAGACCGACUCGCUGUACGGGGCGCGCCACUUGGCGGGACGUCUAGAGAAGGAGCCAAUCCCGGGAGGAGGCGGGACCCAGCUGGACGCCAUUGAUCUCUUUGUUCUUCUGGAUUUGCUGGGAGCUCCGAAUCCUCUGAUCCUCAACCACUUCCAGGAGACCGCCAGUCACUACCUGAGGCUCCACUCCCUGGAGAAGCGGUUACAUCGGCUGAAUCUCCUGCAGUCCCACUCGUUGGAGAAUUCCUACUUUCAUCCUCAUCUGUACUAUGGAGCUGUAGAGGAUGACCAUAUCCCAUUCCUCCGGAAAGGUGUUCCUGUUCUUCACGUCAUCUCCACACCAUUCCCGGAGGUCUGGCACACCUACGAUGACACAGAGGAGAACCUUCACCGACCAACAGUCACCAACCUGUGCCGGAUCUUUGUGACUUUCCUUGGUGAGACCCUCGCCCUCUGA